ACAAUUAAAACUAAACACACAUUUAUCUGCGUUUCAUUAUCAUUUCCGUCUGCAACUCUCUCUCUCUCUCUCUCCGGCAACCAUGAAGAUCAUAGUGGCAAUCAAACGGGUCGUUGACUACGCCGUCAAAAUCCGGGUCAAACCCGACAAGAGUGGUGUGGAGACAUCGAACGUGAAGAUGUCGAUGAACCCAUUCUGCGAAAUAGCGUUAGAAGAGGCGCUCCGGAUCAAGGAAUCGGGUCGGGCCUCCGAGGUGGUGGCUGUCAGCGUGGGCCCGGCCCAAUGCGCCGACACACUCCGAACCGGGCUCGCUAUGGGCGCUGAUCGGGCCAUCCACGUGGACUACCCAGGAACCCUUUACCCGCUUUCGAUUGCCAAGAUUCUCAAAGCGCUUGUCGAUGCUGAGAAGCCCGGCCUUCUUCUUCUCGGAAAACAGGCAAUCGACGAUGACUGUAACCAAACGGGCCAAAUGGUUGCAGGGCUUCUCAAAUGGCCUCAAGCCACUUUCGCCUCCAAGGUUGUAUUCGACGAAGAAAAUAAAGUAGCGACAGUAGAUAGAGAGGUCGAUGGUGGCAUCGAGACCUUAUCCUUGGAUUUACCGGCUGUCAUCACGACUGACUUAAGACUGAACCAACCGAGAUACGCAACCCUCCCGAAUAUAAUGAAAGCGAAAUCAAAGGUGAUAAAGAAAGUGACUCCACAUGAUCUAAAUGUCGAAAUUAAAUCGGAUUUGGAAGCUGUACAAGUGGCCGAACCCCCGAAAAGAAAAUCAGGAACCGUACUUUCUUCUGUAGACGAAUUGAUCGACAGGUUGAAAAACGAAGCUCGUGUUAUAUGAACUGAUCAUUUCUAAGUGCUUAGCAGAUUCUAAUUAGUGUUACUAAUCACAAUGUUAGUGAUACUUAUUUAACCAUUAACUUGAGUUAUGUAUUUGUGUAAGAAUAAAUAACAUGGGAAUUUGUUGUGAGGUUGAAAAUGUUCCAAGACUGCAUUUUUUUUUUUUUUUUCA